CCUCCAUACUGCCUUACCUGAGCACAGGGCACGUUUCCACAUGUUCACUCGGGAAGAAGGUGUUUUUCCUGGCUCGUUUAGCUGUCUGUUUUGAUAUUGGAUGUAUGUUGCUCCCCAGAGGAAUUUAGAGAUACAUAAGGAGGAGUAUUACUUCUUAAUUCCAGGCUUAGAAAAGAAAUGCUAGAAGCCUCAGAAUUUGGUGCUGCACUGACUUCCUCAGUGCUGUACAGGGUCUUUGUGAGGGGUACCCUACUAGUGAGCUAUUUCUAAAUCAGGCACACCUUUGGGUUGGGCUUAUUUUGGAAACUAAGUACUUGAGGAGGGCUGAGGUAUGAGGUCUCCUAGAGAGAAGUGAUUGUAUUUUGUGUUUUUACAUGUACUUUCAUCAGCUGAUGCAGCUGAAGGACAGUGUCCUCUGUAAGUAACACAUCAGGAGACAGAGGAGUGGUGCUUUGUAAUAAGCCUUCCCUGGCAUUUUUUUUUUUUCUUUUUCUUUUUUCUUCUUUUUUUUUCUUUUUUUUUUUUCCCCCAUAGUGAGGAUUACUGACUUUCAGACAACUAGGAAAGAAAGAUAAAGGGACGUCCAAUGGGGGUACCUUUAUUUGGUGAUAGCAAACCCUUCUAUUUCUGGAUCUGGAAUGGACUAAGCCAGAAGUUGCAAGGCAAAAAGUCCUGGGAUAAACAUCUGGAUGAAAUCUACUUACUCCAGCAGAAAAGGAUCUGUGAGUCCCCACUCCUUCAGGCUGCCAAGGAGAACAACAUCCCAGUCAUUAUGAAACUUCUCACUGAUGAAACAUGUGAUAUUUAUCAGAGAGGUGCAGUAGGGGAGACUGCCCUCCAUGUAGCUGCCUUGUAUGAUAAUGUGGAGGCUGCACUGGCUCUGAUGGAAGCAGCUCCGGAGCUUGUCAAUGAGAGGAUGACAUCAGAACUCUAUGAAGGGCAGACAGCUCUCCACAUUGCAGCAGUGAACCAGAAUAUCACUUUGGUGAAGGCUUUGCUCAAGAGAGGGGCAAAUAUCUGCACAGCACAGGCCACUGGGCACUUCUUCAGGCGCAGCUCCCAGAACCUUCUCUAUUUUGGAGAACAUGUUUUGUCAUUUGCUGCCUGUGUGGGAAAUGAGGAGAUUGUACAGUUGCUCAUUGAAAAUGGAGCUGACAUUAGAGCUCAGGAUUACCUGGGUAACACCAUCCUCCACAUCUUAGUUCUCCAGCCUAAUAAGACAUUUGCCUGCCGCAUGUACAGCCUGAUACUUUCCUAUGACCAGACCAAAGAGGGACCAAGAUCACUUGAAUUAAUUCCUAACAAUGAGGGGCUUACUCCAUUCAAACUGGCUGGAGUUGAGGGGAACACUGUGAUGUUUCAAUACCUCAUGCAAAGGCGAAAGCAUAAUCUCUGGUCCUUUGGCCCCUUGACCACUGUGCUGUAUGAUCUCACAGAGAUUGACUCCUGGGCUGAAGAUCAAUCCUUCCUUGAACUCAUUGUCUCAACCAAGAAGAGAGAGGCACGCCAGAUCUUAGAUUUAACACCUGUGAAGGAGCUGGUGAGCCUGAAGUGGAAUAUGUAUGGACGGCCCUAUUUCUGCUUCCUGGCUUUAUUCUAUGUACUCUACAUGGUCUGCUUCACUAUGUGCUGUGUCUACCGGCCACUGAAACCUCGAACAGGCAAUAAGACAAGCAGUAGAGACAAUACAGUCUAUGUCCAGAAAAUGCUGCAGGAAUCUUAUGUAACAUAUGAGGAUGAGUUGAGGCUGGUGGGGGAGCUGAUCACAGUUAUUGGAGCUGUAGUAAUUUUGAUCCUUGAGAUCCCAGAUAUUCUUAGAGUUGGAGCAGCGAAAUACUUUGGACAAACCAUCCUGGGAGGACCUUUCCACAUAAUUGUUAUCACAUAUGCUUGCAUGAUUCUGGUAACCAUGGUGAUGCGUCUUACCAGCACUACUGGUGAGGUGGUGCCCAUGUCCUUUGCCCUGGUACUAGGAUGGUGCAAUGUCAUGUACUUUGCACGAGGCUUCCAGAUGCUUGGGCCCUUCACCAUCAUGAUCCAGAAGAUGAUAUUUGGAGAUCUUAUGCGCUUUUGCUGGCUCAUGGCUGUGGUGAUACUAGGCUUUGCAUCAGCUUUUUACAUCAUCUUCCAGACAGAGAACCCUGAAAACCUCGGGCAGUUCUACAACUAUCCCAUGUCCUUGUUCACCACCUUUGAGCUGUUUCUCACUAUCAUUGAUGGCCCUGCAAACUAUGAUGUAGACCUGCCUUUUAUGUACAGUGUGGUAUACUUUGCCUUUGCCAUCAUUGCCACCCUCCUUAUGCUCAAUUUGCUAAUUGCCAUGAUGGGUGACACCCACUGGAGAGUGGCUCAUGAACGAGAUGAACUCUGGAGAGCCCAGAUUGUUGCUACCACUGUCAUGCUGGAACGAAAACUGCCACGGUGUCUCUGGCCUCGCUCGGGGAUCUGUGGGCGGGAGUACGGGCUGGGGGACCGAUGGUAUCUCAGAAUAGAAGACAGAAUUGAUCCCAACAAACACAAGAUGAUGCGAUUCACAGAAGCAUUUAAGGGUCAUGAUAGGGAUAACUGUGACAAAAGUCUGGAAAAGCUGGAUGUUGAUACGAACAUCCUGUACAAGAAGGACAUGUCCAUUCCAUCAUUGUCACGAGGCACAUCUAGGACUAAUUCUCAGAGUGGCUGGGAGAUCCUGAGGCGCAAUACUUUCCACCAACUACAUGGAGAAAUCAAUCAUGCCAUGGAAGAAGUCUAUGAUGUCUAACCUUCUUUAUUCAUUCCACAGCAUGGAUUGCAUUUGCCACAGUAGUUGUCUCCUCCAACUGUUCAUACACACUCCAGCAUGCUACAGAUUCAACAGCAUUGCAGAGCUCUGCCAGUGCAUUGCAAAUUGUUCCUGGUAUCUUUGUUAUGAUAUAUAGAUUAAGUCUUUCUCUCCUACUUUUUAGGGGUCCCUGCUUUUGCAUUAAUAUUUGUGCCAAGUUAGUUGGCUUGUUGAGCUAAGGCCUGUAGUUUAUAAUGCCCACAGAACUGAGCAAUAGAAGCCAGCACUGGAAUUUCAACAAUUUACUAAGAGGCAGUUAGUAAGACCUUUCCCAGAGUGUAACAAAUAUGCAGGUCAUUUAAAAAAUUAUGCAUCCUGUUUAUUUCCAUGAAAAAUAUAACAGAUACAAAGACCAUAAUAAAAUUAUUUGAUAGAGCAAAUUCUCAUCCACAAAACACUGUUUUUCACAAUAGCCACCACCAUUAGCUUUGCAUUUCUGCCAGUGAUGAACAAGAGCCUGCAUGUCUUGCUCGUAAAAAUCUGCACCAGUGGUGGUGACUGUCACUGUCACCACCGAUGAAAUGCAUGCUUCGUCAUCUCACUGUGCUUGCAUCCACUGUUUGGUUUCCAUAAUUAUUCAACAAACAUUGAUGAAUUUGAUGAAUAUCAGUGCAAUUGUUUCUGCGCAGAGGAAUUCAUUUCUACAUCUUUGCUUCAUAUGCACUUCUGUGUCAGACACCACUUAGUUAGACUGCCCCUCUGCUACCCCCUAUCACACAGCAACAAAACGUAAUGGGUUGUUGGUAGGAAGGUUCAACCUUUUCUGCCAUACCACCCCCAUCUGCCUCUGACAUAGCGAGACAACACAAUAAAAUAGGAGGCAUUACUUCUGGAGCAGCUCUUGCAAAAUCUUUCCCUUCAUUCUCACAGUAUCCCUGUGCUCUCAUAGCAAAUACAGCUGGCUGAAGUACUAUUUUAUGAUUUGACACAGAACUAAAUAUUAAGUCCAGCCAAACCCUAUACCUAUGCUCGGGAAUGAAGGUAGUCACUGACACUGUUGAUUUAAAGGCCUUUAACCUUGGCGUUCAAGGCCUGAUGUAUAUUGUUCUCUGAAGAAUGGAAAAUUCUUUUAGCUGCAUUUUCAACAUUUCUAUUUUAUCGGGGCUGUUCUGUUUGUUUGUUUGUUUUUAAUUUUAUUUAUUUAUUUUUGUCAUAUGAAUGCACUUUAAGCUGUAUUGCUUUUUAAAAGAAGUGAUUUCUAUUCCUGGGAGGAUCCGAAGGAUCUGAAGUGGGAACUUUUUUCCUAAUGAGAGGAUAUAAUAAGAUGAUCUUUGAAGAUGUCUACCAACUGAACUCUUCCUCUCCUCUUCUUCUCCUCUUUCCUUUCCUCCUCCACCCUAUCCUGUCCUGUCCCAUCCUGUCCUGUCCUGUUAAGCGCCCAAGUGAGCUGACGCUGGUCUCUUGCUUUCUGUGGAAGAGGAGGGUUUUGAACUGUAGUGCUUAGUUUUACUACUGAACCAUCAAGGUUAGCAGUACAACGUAGCGGUGAAUGAAAUGGAGAGGAAAUACUGGGGAAAAAAAAAAAAAAAAGAACUGUUUAAAAGACAGUUCAGAAACUGUGGUGUCUCUCUCUCCCUCAGAAAGUCCCAAACUAUCAUUACUAACUCAUAACAUGACUAAAUCACCCAGUCAAACAUGUUUCAGUCUGUCAGUUUGUCAUCUGCCUAGGGUGACUUUAAGAUAAACUGAGAAAUACCCAGAGAAAUAGAUUGUCAUUCCAGGGGUUUUAGUAUUUUUUAAGAGCAUGGAGUUUCAUUCCAGUAGCAGAAGUGUGUGAAAACGAGCACAUGGUCUCAACAUUUCCAUUCCAGCAGGACCAGUGACAGAAAUUUUGUUUUGAAGAAACCAAGGAUUAUAAUCGAGUGCUAGGAAUUGACUCAAACCAUCUUGUGAAAAGUAAAGCAAACAGUGAAAAAGAUGGAUACAGUGCUUUUCUGACCAUUGAAGAAUCACUGCAAAUGUCUUCCACGUUUUCUCUUGCAGCUGCAGUAAUGAGCAUCACAGUAUUUGCAACAACACGUAUUUAUUUAAAUGCCUUUCUUCUAUUACUUGGAUGUGUAGCUUUGCUCCAAUAGAAGACUGACAGAAGAAUGUCUCUCUGUAAUUUGACCAUAUACUUCUGAGUUGUCACAUUUGGCUGAAUUGAAAGUUUUGAUCUUCUAAGUAUUGUCACCUCUUUCCUAAAUAUGUAAGGUUUGCACUGGUGGUCGAAGGAGAUGGGAACAAUAUGGCACAUUAACCAGAAAUGUGAGUUUCUGCAAUGAUUUUAAAUGCAUUCUCUUUCACACUGAAUAGAAAAUAACAGGAAAAGCAGAACUGAUGACUUCCCUUCUACCCCUGCAGUGCUGUCAUUAACUUGAAAAGCUGUAGAAAUUCAAUUAAGAUGGAACUGACUGUGGCCAUUUCUGCACAAGAACUUCACUUUGUAAUUAUUUAAUAAUAUUAAUAAAUCAAAAAGUCUUGUUAGAGAUGUAAGCUGUGUAAGCCAUGUCUCUGAGAUUGAGUUUGUUUUCUUCUACAUUACUGUAAACAAUAAUGAAAAUUUUGACCUAAUGACUCAAAGCAACAUACUGACAUCGCAGGAGGCAGGAAAGAACUCAGCUAGCAGUGAUAAGCCUUUACAGAUUUCUGAAUCCAUCCUCUAUAAAGAGAAAAAAAUAAACCAAGAGAAAGUCAGUAGAAGGUACGUUAAUGGAAUGUCUUUUUAAAUAAUGUGUUCUGUAAGAGUUGACUUUCAGAACGUUUGCAUAGCACCCACGCAUAAAAAAAAUCUGCAUUAUGUAUUUACUGUACUUGAAGUUGCCUAAUGUAAAUAAAAGCAGAGAAAAUGUACUGAUUUUUAUUAUGUUUUAUAAAUCAAUGUAGACCAAGUCUUCUUACUCUAGAGCUGAAUAACAGCUAUUGGAAUUUGGCUUCCACUUUUCUGAGGUAACUUGAAUAUUAAAUAAAUAAAUAAAUAAAUAGAAAUUGGAAAAAAUACAAAAGGCAGCAGAAUCUUUUACCGUAAGCAAACGAUUAAUCAGAAAACUUUGCCUAGUAUUUUUUUUUUCACGUGGAGCUGUGCAGCCCAUUUUGAACAUUCGUUUUUGUCUGGAGAAUCAGCUGUUACAGAAAAAAAUUCAGGUGAUAAAGGUGAGCAGAAAUAACAGGUCCAGCAAAAGAGAAAUAUAUUAAAUUUGUCUUGUAAAUUAAAGUGAAUUUAAUUUAAAAUGGGCACAUUUGCCGUGCCCAUGUGAACCUCAGGACAAGGUUAAGGUUGACAAACCUGAGAAACAUUUCAUCUGGCUUAAUGAAAUCUGACUCAGGCUGGGAAACAGC